CUCGUUUUUGGUGUGUCCAUAUUUCCGCCCACCUUCGCAAACCUUUGCGUACGAGCCAGCGUAGAGCAUCUCGAUUGAGUCCUUACUCGGUUCGCAGCGAAACUGCGCUGCGCGGCGCGACAGCGCUGCCAAAUUCAGCAGCAAAAUCGAGCGGCCUGGCCUCCGCGCAGGCGCGUUCCCCGGUUGCACAAAACUGCGUAAAAAAUGGCCAUCAAAGACGCCUGGCGCUUCGACAAGUCCCAAUGGGCGCUCAAAGCCGGCAUCGCUUCGGCGCUCGUCCUCGCGACCAUUGCGUGGUACGCGCUUGAGUGCGCCCCGGUGUUUCCGAUCCACGCCAUCGAUGCGACGUGUCACAGAGCGAGCGCGGUUUCGCGACGAUGGAUUCACGCAGGCUGAUACCGGCGAUAGAGUGCAAUGACCAGACGCUCCUGGUCUUCGGCAUCGUCUACGUGGCCCGCCUCUACUUCGCGAUGCUCGUGCUGUGGUCCCGUCCGCCGGAUUGGCACGAGAUCCCCAUCGUCUACGUCUUCUUCAUCCCGUCGAUCUUCUACACGAUGGCCCGCGGCAAGGUCGACGAGUGCUCGGCGCCCGUGACGGCCGCCGCCAUCGUGCUAUACGUCGUGGGUUCGGGAUUCUCGACCAUCGGCGAGUCCCAGCGCUACAUUUUCAAGAAACAGCCCGCCAAUAAGGGUAAGCUGAUGACCGGCGGCUUGUGGUCUCUGACGAUGCACGCCAACUACUUCGGCGACACGCUCCUGUUCACGGGCUGGACGCUCGCGUCGAGCGGCCUCGCGGUGUCGUGGACGUGGUGGGCGGUGCCCGUCAUGACGGCGUUGUUCGUGUUCAUGCACAUCCCGGGCCUCGACGAGUACCUCGCGGACCGCUACCCGAAGGAAUUCCCCAAGUACGCCGCGACGACGGCGAAAUUCGUGCCUUUCGUCUACUGAGAAGCCCCUCCUCCCCUUUGUACACAAAUACGCCAUGGCCCACCCUAAGAUACGUCGACUCU